AAAAAAUCUUAAAAAAAAAAAAAUUAAAAAAAAAAAAAAGAGAUAUGGUGGAGCGGCCUCUAAAACCUCUGUUCUGACUGAACAUCAGAAAACACAAGCAGAUGAUCAACCUGAUGACUGUGGGGGCACCUCUGAGAUUUCCUUACAGAGGGGAUACCAGAGAAAUCUCACUGCAGUGAAGUAGUUUGGCUCUAAUGAUUACAUGAAAACUUACUCAUGGAAGACUGCCCUCACUUUACAUCCACAAUCUCAAACGGGAGUGAAGCACUACCCAUGUCAGGUUUGUAAGAAAACUUUCAGGUGGAAAUCUGCUUUUAGUGUCCAUCAGAGAACUCAUACAAGGGAGAAACCCUAUGAAUGUCAGGCGUGCAGGAAAGUGUUCUCCCGUAAGUCAGUUCUUGUUCUACAUGAGAGGACUCACACUGGAGAGAAAUGCUAUGAAUGUGAAGGGUGUGGGAAAGCUUUUUCCAGGAAGUCUCACCUUACUGAGCAUCAGAGAAUUCACACUGGAGAGAAUCCCUAUGAAUGUCAAGAGCGUAGGAAGACGUUCCCCUGGAAAUUAUCCCUCCCUCACCAUCAGAGACGUCACACAGGUGAGAAACCCUAUAAAUGUGAAGGGUGUGGGACAGCUUUUUCCAGUAAGUCUUACCUCAAUGAGCAUCAGAGAAUUCACACUGGAGAGAAGCCUUAUGAAUGUGAAGAGUGUAGGAAGAUUUUCUCCUGCAAAUCAUCCCUCAGUAACCAUCAGAGAAGUCACACUGGAGGGAAACCUUAUGAAUGUCAAGAGUGUAGGAAGACUUUCCACUGGAGACCAUCCCUCAUUCACCAUCAGAGUAGUCACACUAGAGCGAAACACUAUGAAUGUCAAGCAUGUAGGAAAGUGUUCUCCUGUAAGUUAGUUCUUGUUCUACAUAAGAGGACUCACACUGGAGAGAAAUCCAAUGAUUGUGAAGAGUGUGGGAAAGCUUUUUCUAGAAAGUCAUUCCUCAGUCAACAUCAGAGAAGUCACACUGGAGAGAAACCCUAUGAAUGUGAAGGGUGUGGGAAAGCUUUUUCCAGUAAGUCUUACCUCAGGGAGCAUCAGAGAAUUCACAGUGGAGAGAAGCCUUAUGAAUGUCAAGAGUGUAGGAAGACUUUCCCCUGGAAAUCAUCCCUCAGUUACCACCAGAGAAGUCACACUGGAGAGAAACCCUAUGAUUGUGAAGGGUGUGGGAAAGCUUUUUCUAGUAAGGCACACCUUAUUAGACAUCAGAUAAUUCACACUGGAGAGAAACCCUAUGAAUGUGAAGGGUGUGGGAAAGCUUUUUCCAGUAAGUCUUCCCUCAAGGAGCAUCAGAGAAUUCACACUGGAGAGAAACCCUAUGAUUGUGAAGGGUGUGGGAAAGCUUUUUCUAGUAAGGCACACCUUAUUAGACAUCAGAAAAUUCACACUGGAGAAAAACCCUAUGAAUGUGAAGGGUGUGGGAAAGGUUUUUCCAGUAAGUCUUACCUCAGGGAGCAUCAGAGAAUUCACAGUGGAGAGAAGCCUUAUGAAUGUCAAGAGUGUAGGAAGACUUUCCCCUGGAAAUCAUCCCUCAGUUACCACCAGAGAAGUCACACUGGAGAGAAACCCUAUGAUUGUGAAGGGUGUGGGAAAGCUUUUUCCAGUAAGUCUUCCCUCAAGGAGCAUCAGAGAAUUCACACUGGAGAGAAACCCUAUGAUUGUGAAGGGUGUGGGAAAGCUUUUUCUAGUAAGGCACACCUUAUUAGACAUCAGAGAAUUCACACUGGAGAGAAAACCUAUGAAUGUGAAUUGUGUGGGAAAGCUUUUUCCAGUAUGUCUUCCCUCAAGGAGCAUCAAAUAAUUCACAGUGGAGUGAAACCCUAUGAAUAUGAAGGGUGUGGGAAAGCUUUUUUCCGUAAGUCAACCCCCAUUAGACAUUAGAGAAUUCACACUGGGGAGAAACCCUAUGAGUGUCAAGAGUGUGGGAAGACUUUCUGCCACAAAACAUCCCUCAGUAAACAUCAGAGAAGUCACACUAGAGAAAAGCCUUAUGAGUGUCAAGAGUGUGGGGAAAUUUUUCCAGUAAGCACGCUCUCACUGGACAUCAGAGAUGUCACUGGACAAAAUCCCUAUGAUUGUGAAGAAUGUGGGAAAACUUUUCAGGAAGUCAACCGUCACUAGGCAUGACAAACUCCACACUGGAGGGAAAUGCUAUGAAUGUCAAGAAUGCGCAGGCAGGCCUCCCCUGGUGGUGCAGGUGGUUGAACGCAGCACUGUGAAGCUGUCCGUGUCCUUUGUGGUGGGAGUUUGAUUUCCUGGCCAGCCAGGAGCAACCAAAUGGUGCGGCAGACCUCUCCUGUCUGGCCCGCUGCAUGUAUUUCAGCAGUGUAUUUCGGUCAGUCUGCCUGUUCUGUUCCCCGCUCUGUCUCUGGUGCAUCCUCUCACCCUCCCACACAUCUGGCCUGUACCCUGGUUCUGGUAUGCUUGAAUAAAUAAAAAUCUUUAAAAAAAUAUUCAAACUUAGGAGCUCAAACCACAUCAUUCAGUUGAGAGCAAUGGGAACUGACAUACAGUUUCACUCCUAAUUGCGUGGAGUUACCUGGUUCACUCUUCUCCCAAGUUCAUGCAGUGAUGAUGUCUCUGUUCCUGUUGCUGUUGCUUCUAGUAUCCUCUUAAGUUCCUGGGCGAUGCUAUUCAUGUCCACGGUAGCUAUCUAUCUACAUGGCACAUUGCAUGUUGCGUGGGUAAGGGAUCUCUCUG